AUGGCGCGGCGCGAGGCGGCGAGGCUUCUCCACCGCCUGGGCCCGCUCGCCGUCGAAUCGCCGACGCGAGGCAUGCCUCAUAGUCAACAUGAAUCCACAAACCGCAUUGUGAAUUCUUGUAGAAGAUUCCACUGGAUUCCCAGUCUACAGCGCCCUCUGUGUGGACCUACAACUAGUGGGGGAAUAUAUGAAGGUCAAAGCAGUGCUAACAAGGCUUGUGAAGUUCAGAAGCGCACAUUUGGUUCUGCUGCAACACACAUUCAGAGGAAUCCAGCCUAUUCAGAGCUGAACUCUGAUGAUGUUUCUUACUUCAAGAGUGUCUUGGGUGAAAAUGGUGUAGUUCAGGAUGAAGACAGAGUCAUGAGUUGCAAAUGUAGAUUGGAUGGACGAUUGGCUGUGGUUCCACAGGGUGGCAACACAGGUCUUGUAGGUGGCAGUGUGCCUGUUUAUGAUGAGGUGAUUGUUGGCCUCGCAGGCAUGGACAAAAUCAUUUCCUUUGAUAAUGUAAAUGGUAUUCUUACUUCUGAAGCUGGUUGUGUGUUGGAGAAUUUAAGUAAGCUCGUGGAAAAUGAAGGGUUUAUUAUGCCACUUGACUUGGGAGCAAAAGGUAGUUGCCACAUUGGUGGGAAUAUUUCAACUAAUGCCGGUGGCCUGCGUUUCAUACGCUAUGGUUCACUUCAUGGAAGUGUACUCGGUCUUGAAGUUGUCCUGGCUGAUGGGACUAUCCUUGAUAUGCUUACUACUUUAAGGAAAGACAAUACUGGGUAUGAUUUGAAGCACUUAUUUAUUGGAAGCGAAGGCUCACUAGGAGUAGUCACCAAAAUAUCAGUACUUACGCCUGCAAAGCUACCAUCAACUAAUGUUGCAUUUCUUUCCUGCAAUGACUACAAAAGCUGUCAGAAAUUACUUCUGGCAGCAAGGAGGAGCUUGGGUGAGAUCUUGUCUGCAUUUGAAUUCAUGGAUCAUCACUGUAUUGAUCUGGCUAUGCGACAUGUGGAAGGAGUUCACAAUCCGUUACCUGCAUCACCGUACAAAUUUUAUGUUUUAAUUGAGACAACAGGAAGUGAUGAAUCAUAUGACAAAACAAAACUGGAAGCAUUUUUGUUGCGUUCAAUGGAAGAUGGUCUAGUAGCUGAUGGUGUUAUCGCGCAGGAUAUCAGCCAAGCAACAAACUUUUGGCAGAUCCGUGAGGGUAUAUCAGAAGCAUCUGUCAAAGUUGGUGCUGUGUAUAAAUAUGACUUGUCCAUACCUGUAGAGAAGCUCUAUGAUAUUGUUGAAGAAAUGCGCUGCCGUCUUGGUGAUAGCGCAGAGGUAUUGGGCUAUGGCCACCUUGGAGAUGGGAAUCUGCAUUUGAACAUUGUAUCAAGCAAAUAUGACGACAAUACUCUUGGACGAAUUGAACCAUUUGUCUAUGAAUGGACUUCAGCACAAAGAGGAAGCAUCAGUGCAGAGCAUGGUUUGGGGCUAAUGAAAGCUGAGAAGAUUCACUACAGUAAAUCACCUGAAGCAGUGCAACUAAUGGCCUCCAUCAAGAAGUUGCUGGACCCCAAUUCGAUCCUGAACCCCUACAAGGUUCUGCCGCAGUCAGUACUGUAG